AUGAAGUUGCUAUCAAAAUUUGAAUCAUUGCCUCGUUCAAAACUUAUCAACAUUGCAAUAUUCCUGUCAAUUAUUACGCUUUUAUGGAGUUUAGCUGAAGGCGUAAUCUCGGUUUUUUUCGGUACAGAAAAUGAUUCAGUCAGUUUGAUUUUUUUUGGAAUUGAUUCUUUAGUUGAAGUUACUUCUUCAUGUGUGGUUUUAUGGAGAUUUUUGAAAAAAGACCUUCAUAAAGGAAGUCCUAAGGAUAACUUAAUAGCUAUUGAAAGAAAGGCAACAAUUGUAAUUGGUAUAUUGUUUGUUAUACUUGCAAUUGGAACAUUUUCGGACGCAAUUUUUUCUCUGGCGAAAAAUAAAAAACCUGAUUCAUCUCUAUCAGGUCUAAUCAUUUCAUCUGUUACAAUAUGUUUCAUGAUAUUUCUUUGGCUCAUGAAAUUCUCAGUUGCUAAACAACUUAAUUCUUCGGCAAUGAUGUCUGAUGCAAAGUGUAGUCUAUCAUGUAUACAAACUGCUUUUGUUUUAUUUCUUGGCAGUCUGAUUUAUUCUGUUUGGAAUGCUGGUUGGUGGGUAGAUUCUACUGCUGCUUUAAUUUUAGGGUUAUUUUUUGCAAAAGAAGGUAUAGGAAUGAUUCUAUGGGCAAUGCAUGAAGAUUUCAAUGGUGGUUGUUGUAAAAGUGAUGCCGUCAAAAAUAAUAAUUGCGAUUCUAGUUCUAAUUGUUGUAAUGAUAAUAAUAAAGAAUGUGAAAUCACAAUAGCACCUGAACAAAUUGCCGACAAAGACAACAUUAAAGAGGAGAGUUAA